AUGGCCAACCUUGGCGAGAAGCCGGACUUGAGCCAGGUGUCUGCGGACACGCGAAGAGAAUUUGCGGCCGAGGUGGCGGCCAAGGUGCAGCGGAAGCUAGAGCGCAAGUCUCGGCGGCAGCAGUUCGCCGAGAGGCUGGAGGCAGCUGCGCAACAGGUUGAUCGAGAGGCAGGGGAACAGUCCAAGAAACACCACCACAAGAGGAAAGGAAGCAAGAAGGAGAGGAAGGAAAAGAGCAAGAAGCACAAGAGGAGCAAAAAGAGGAAGCACGUUGAGGCCAUGGGCACCAGUGACUCGACCUCCAGCGAAUCUGGGGACUCUGUGGAGAGGCAUCAUAAACACAGGAAGCAUUCAAAGCGACACAAGAAGAAGGGCAAGGAGUCGAGGCAAUCUUCCAGUGACAGUUAG